CCAAGUGCGAUCCGUCAGCGUCCCACAAUCCUCCGCUCUUGGUUCCUCUUUCCUCGCUGAAGAUGGCGCUGCUCAGGAUACAUACCUGGCGCUGGGCAGCGGCGGCAGCUGCUUUGGAAAAGCGCCUGCACGUCGCCAUUCUGAUCCGGCCUCUGGUCUCCGUGAGCGGAUCAGGUCCGCAAUGGAGGUCACGUCACCCCAUUGUCCCGGGAACUACUCGAACCUGCCAGGCUCUCCAGACAUGGCCGCUGAUAGAAAAGAGGACGUGUUGGCAUGGUCACGCAGGAGGAGGACUCCACACAGACCCGAAAGAAGGGUUAAAAGAUGUCGAUACUCAGAAAAUCAUCAAAGCAAUGCUUUCUUAUGUGUGGCCCAGAGACAGGCCAGAUCUACGAGCUAGGGUGGCCAUUUCCCUGGGAUUUUUGGGUGGCGCAAAGGCCAUGAACAUUGUGGUUCCCUUCAUGUUUAAGUAUGCUGUAGACAGCCUCAACCAGAUGUCAGGAAACAUGCUGAACCUGAGUGAUGCACCAAAUACAGUUGCAACCAUGGCAACGGCGGUUCUGAUUGGCUAUGGUGUAUCAAGAGCCGGAGCCGCCUUUUUUAAUGAAGUUCGAAAUGCAGUAUUUGGCAAGGUAGCCCAAAAUUCAAUACGAAGAAUAGCCAAAAAUGUCUUUCUCCAUCUUCACAACCUGGACCUGGCUUUUCACCUGAGCAGACAGACAGGAGCUUUAUCGAAGGCUAUUGACAGAGGGACAAGGGGUAUCAGUUUUGUCCUGAGUGCUUUAGUGUUUAAUCUUCUUCCAAUUAUGUUUGAGGUGACUCUUGUCAGUGGUAUUUUGUAUUACAGAUGCGGCGCCCAGUUUGCCUUGGUGACCCUUGGGACGCUUGGGGCGUACACAGCAUUCACAGUUGCUGUCACCCGGUGGAGAACUAGGUUUAGAAUAGAAAUGAACAAAGCAGAUAAUGAUGCCGGUAACGCCGCCAUAGACUCGCUGCUGAACUAUGAAACUGUGAAGUAUUUUAAUAAUGAAAAGUAUGAAGCACAAAGGUAUGAUGGAUUCUUGAAGACAUAUGAGACUGCUUCGUUGAAAAGUACCUCUACUCUGGCUAUGCUGAACUUCGGUCAAAAUGCUAUUUUCAGUGUUGGUUUAACUGCUAUAAUGGUGCUGGCCAGUCAGGGAAUUGUGGCAGGUACCCUUACUGUUGGAGAUCUAGUAAUGGUGAAUGGACUGCUUUUUCAGCUUUCGUUACCCCUGAACUUCCUGGGAACUGUAUAUAGAGAAACUAGACAAGCACUCAUAGAUAUGAACACCUUGUUUACUCUACUCAAGGUAGACACCCGAAUUAAAGACAAAGUGAUGGCAUCUCCCCUUCAGAUCACACCACAGACAGCUACGGUGGCCUUUGAUAAUGUGCAUUUUGAAUACACUGAGGGGCAGAAAGUUCUUAAUGGAAUAUCUUUUGAAGUCCCUGCAGGAAAGAAAGUGGCCAUUGUAGGAGGUAGUGGGUCAGGGAAAAGCACGAUAGUGAGGCUAUUGUUUCGCUUCUAUGAGCCUCAGAAGGGUAACAUUUACCUUGCCGGUCAGAAUAUACAAGAUGUGAGUCUGGAGAGCCUUCGGAGAGCAGUGGGAGUAGUGCCUCAGGAUGCCGUCCUCUUUCACAAUACCAUUUACUAUAACCUCUUAUAUGGAAACAUGAAUGCCUCACCCGAGGAAGUGUAUGCAGUGGCAAAAUUAGCUGGACUCCAUGAUGCAAUUCUUCGCAUGCCAUAUGGAUAUGACACCCAAGUAGGGGAACGGGGACUCAAACUUUCAGGAGGAGAGAAGCAAAGAGUAGCCAUUGCAAGAGCCAUUUUGAAGGACCCUCCAGUCAUUCUCUAUGAUGAAGCCACUUCAUCAUUAGAUUCAAUUACUGAAGAGACUAUUCUUGGAGCCAUGAGGGAUGCAGUGAAGCACAGAACUUCUGUUUUCAUCGCACACAGACUUUCAACAGUGGUCGAUGCAGAUGAAAUCAUUGUCCUGGAUCAGGGUAAGGUGGCUGAACGUGGUACCCACCAUGGUCUGCUUGGUACCCCUGGCAGUAUCUAUUCAGAAAUGUGGCAUACACAGAGCAGCCAUGUACCCAGCCAAGAUAACCCCAAAUGGCGGAAAGAAAGUGUGUCCAAAGAGGAGGAAAGGAAGAAACUUCAGGAAGAAAUUGUCAACAGUGUGAAAGGCUGUGGAAACUGUUCCUGCUAAGUCACAUGAAACGUUUUCAUUUCUUUCUUUUUUUUUUUUUUUGACUUCACAUUUGCACUGAAGCAGAAUUGUUUUAUUAAAAAAAAAAUCUUACAUUCCCAUUAUCUAUACUCCUUCUUUUAGAUAAGAUGCAUUUGAAAGGGGAUUGAAGUUUUACUUCUUUCAUAAUCUGUUUAAUGUGGUACCUAUAUUUAACCCCAAAUUAUUUUGUUACUGCCUCAGUGAUGCUCAAAUCAUCAUUUUUGUUACUAUUUGGCUUUAACCCAUUUUUCAGGCCUGAUAGCCAUUUUAAAUCCAUAACCAGAUGAAUCAGAUUGGAUUCCAAACUUUUGUAGUUUUUAAAACUUCCUUGUGCUGAUAAUUUAGAUGGAAGGUGUCUGUUUCUUAAGAUUAAAUAAAAAAGAAAAGAGGACAAUGAGGUUCAUUGUUUCUCUUUCCCCGCUGCCCCCACGGAAAUACUUCAAUGAUAGAUACCUAUAUUUACAUCUUUUAAAGUACUUGCCACUAUAUACCUUGUGGAGGAAAAACCUUGAUUGUCAUGUUUGUAUGUAGAAUGCCCUUCAUCAUUAACCAGCAUUCAAACUAUUAUCUAGUGGUGGGAAUUUUAUUUUUCCACCAAAAUGAGGCAUUGCUUUUGUUUUGGACAAAAAUUUAUAUAUUUCUCUUUAAAGACUUACAAACACUGGUGUAAUUUGAGAGUUGUCAUAAUGGGAGUGAUGGGAAGAGCUUAGGAAGUGAAUUGCCUUUCCUAUUUCCAUCUUAAAUGCACUGGUUUUGUAAUGUGAAGUUAUACAAAGAAACAACUAAAAGAUGUGUGCGUG